AACCUGCCUGGUACUGGCUACAUCUCAGUUCUUUCAGUAUGGUGGACAUCAACAGCAGCGAGUCCAGUGCUACCUAUUUCAUCUUAAUAGGCCUCCCAGGAUUAGAAGAGGCUCAGUUCUGGCUGGCUUUCCCAUUGUGCUCCCUCUACCUUAUUGCUGUGCUAGGUAACUUGACAAUCAUCUACAUUGUGAGGACAGAGCACAGCCUCCAUGAGCCCAUGUAUAUCUUUCUUUGCAUGCUUUCUGGCCUAGACAUCCUCAUUUCCACCUCAUCCAUGCCGAAAAUGAUGGCUAUUUUCUGGUUCAAUUCCACUACUAUCCAGUUUGAUGCUUGUCUAGUACAGAUGUUUGCUAUCCAUUCCUUAUCUGGCAUGGAGUCCACGGUGCUGCUGGCCAUGGCCUUUGAUCGCUAUGUGGCCAUCUGCCAUCCUCUACGUCAUGCCACUGUGCUUACAUUGCCUCGUGUUGCCAAGAUUGGCAUGGCUGCUGUGGUCAGGGGUGCUGCACUAAUGGCACCCUUACCUGUCUUCAUCAAAAGGUUGCCUUUCUGUAGUUCCAAUAUCCUUUCCCAUUCUUACUGCCUACAUCAAGAUGUCAUGAAGCUGGCCUGUGCUGACAUCCGUGUUAAUGUCAUCUAUGGUCUCAUUGUCAUCAUCUCUGCCAUUGGCUUGGACUCACUUCUCAUCUCCUUUUCAUAUUUGCUUAUCCUUAAGACUGUGUUGGGCUUGACACGGGAAGCCCAGGCAAAAGCGUUUGGCACUUGUGUCUCUCAUGUGUGUGCUGUUUUCAUAUUCUACGUGCCUUUCAUUGGAUUGUCAAUGGUGCACCGUUUUAGCAAGAGACGUGACUCUCUCCUUCCUGUCAUUAUGGCUAACAUCUAUCUGCUCAUUCCUCCUGUGCUCAACCCCAUCGUCUAUGGAGUGAAGACGAAGGAGAUCCGGCAGCGCAUCCUACGUCUUUUUCUCACAACCACACACACUUCAGAUCACUAGGAAUCCAUGAUGAAACCUCCCUCCAUUCAACAUUCUCUAAUUCCUACUUUAAUAUCAGCAUCUUGGAAGACAGUAUUAAGAAAACAAAUCUUUCUUAUUUGAAGCACAGCUCAGAGCUUUCAAAGAGGAAACUGGCUGUGGAAUUUCCAUGGGAAUGGAAUAAAACCAGCAAUUUCCAUUUUCCAACAUCAGAUUUCGUUUUGAUUUUUCUCUGUAUGGUUAUUAAGAC